AUGCUAAAAGAAAACACUGUACGGAAACAAAUUCUGAUGAGCGUUUUCAAUCGCCUCCAAGAGUUGGAUGAGAAGCGCACAGGCGGCAUACGUGAAUUCAUAAUUGGCACCGCAGAGGUUGAAUCGGCCGUAGCGCCUAUUAUUGCACGGUGCAUGGAGGGUAUUGUUAAGGCGGGCGAGUCAAUAAACGAAAAGGAGGACUCCUUUAAAGUCAUAGAAAGAUAUCAAUCGGGCUUCACACCACCAACUGACAUACCAUUCGAUGAUUUGUCAAAGCAAAAUCUUGAUUCAUCAUCAGAUUCCCGUGUGCAGUCAAGUCAUUUCACCGUUAAGGGCACCAUUAGCACGAGAGUCAAGAAACGCCCAGCGAUUUUCAGCUUCUUCGGCAGCAAUAAGGUAAGUGCGUAGUGUAAUUUUAGAAUGUU